CGUGGCUGGAGUCGAUGCUAUCACAUCUGGCCUUGCGUGGUCCGAGUGUUCACUGGCAACUGUUGUCUGUAAAUUCAUGUCAGACGGAACCAGGCUCCGCCAAACGUGGAGUGAUGCGCUCAGUGCAGCGGAAACCAACUUUCGCCAACUUCUGGCAUCUUACUCGUCUAAUGAAUGGAAACAUGUACCCCUCCCCCAGGACGCGCCUUCGCCACGCAAGGGAAAGUCGCGGGCGGCGUCGUUGAAUCCGGAGCUGAGGGACGUGGCGGUCCACCGCAAGGUCACCAAGUCCGGCGAGUACGUUUACAGAGCCGUUCUGGAUGUACCAGCUACAGACGAAAAUGCUGCAAUGGAUGUAUGGAAGGCUAUCAUCACAACUCCUGAAAUUAGGCAGGAAUGGGACCCCGCUGUGGAUGCCUCACAGCUUGUCGAGCUGUUCGACCAGAGGACAAGAAUAACUAAAACAAGGUUUACACUUGGUUGGCCCGCAAACCCUAGAGAUGCUGUGACUAUUUCUCGCUUGCACCAGAAUGCCUCUACCAUCAUAGAUAUAUCUACGUCGCUCCCUCGUUCUGCUGAUGAUCCCACGUAUCUCAGACCAUCACCUCCUUACGUCAGAUCAAACGUUGCACUUUUUACGUGGUGGAUUCAAGUUUUACCUCAGUCACCGCUUCAACAGUCAUCAUCACCGGCAGAACAACUCAAGAGACGGCUCUCGAUAGUACUGUCCACCCCCGUCUUGCGCAUUACCUGUUUCUGGCAGCACGACCUCCGGGCCCUAUGGAACUUCAAUUCAUCGGCUAGUAUUUGUCAGCAGCUAUCUACGAUGGUUCUCGGACUUUACAAGACUGUCAAGACACGCGGAUCCCGUGUUCCAAUGCUCUCCGGUCAUGGGUACGGAGUCAGCAUUGAACGCAUGCGUUUCCAACUUGAUAGACAGGCACUCACAAUCGAGUAUGCCAUUCACCCGGAGGAUGAUGCGACAGACAGCAGCGGUGGCCACAGCUUGGAUGAGAUUAGGGAAUAUCGCCGUCUGACACGCUCAGUUGAAUGCCAUCUACCUGCUUCUGAAGGUUGGGAUGUGCAGCUAUCUAUCAAGGCUUCUUCGGACAAAGCUCAGAAACUGCCGUGGAGUGCGAGUGCCGUUCGCCACAGAAGCGAUCCUUCGAUACCGACAGGAAAGCCGUUCGAGCUCAUCGUUCUCCAUGUCACACACGCUUCUCUACCGGAUACUCAUUCUAUUCUCAAAGUACGCGUCGCGAUCGAGUUGUCUGGGCCUAGUUGCGGGAUCAGGCUUAACGGGAUCCCGCAAACGAUACAGAGCGCAGAAGAGCGCGACUCGGGUACGUCCGUCAGACAACAGCAGCAGAUUCUACAGGAUGCCUCAAGUGCUGCCAAUGUGAGCUUCCACACUACAUCCUCUGUAAGCUCAGUCGGAACUAUUGGAUCUGGUUCCACGCCUUCCCGCACAAUCACACUGAAUACCGCGGAUCGAUCUGCUACCGCUGAGAAAUCGAUCCUGGCAAGAGUGAGAAGGAGUUAUAUUUACUUUUCGUCUUUAUUACAAGAACCAGAGGCCAAGUGGAAGCGGACCACGGAAGCUAGAGGCGUCUCCGUGACCCAACUUGACUCGAUCGAUCCAACGCUCGUGGUGUACCGCGCGGAAGCAACGUUCGUCGGGCUGGGCUUAUGGGACCUCUACAGCGCGCUCGUCUCCCCAGGAGCCCGUGUGUUCUGGGAUAAACAACAUGACGACGCAAACUUACUGGAGGAUGUCAACGAACUCACGGAAUUGUGGCAUUUCAAGACAAAGCCGGCAUGGCCAGUCGUCGGUCGUGAUGCUGUGCUUCUUAAGACAGUGUACAAGUCCCCUACUACGAUACACGUGUUCUCGUUUUCUGCGGACGAUCCAUACCUCUUCCCAUCCCUUCCGCUCCUCGAUCCUAGUAUCAUUCGCACCCAGGUUGACCUCCAAGGAUGGGCAAUUGAGGCCCUCAACCCUACCACGACACAGCUCACCCUACUAGAACAAAGCGAUCCGAAGGGGUGGUCAAACAAGGCAAUGACGAUUCCGUCGCAGAUGGUUGCAGCGGUGGCCGGAGUCGGUGAUUUUGUCAUCAAGUGCGGUGGUCCACCUGUUGUAACUCGGCUUUCUGGCGCCCGUGCAACCGAAAUGCGCUACGAACACGAGAAAGGCACUUUUCGGGUUGCAUACGAGAGAGCAGAGGGACGUCGUGGUGGUACGAGUCCCGGGGGCGCUGGUUUGAAUUCUACGAGUGGGGAUGCCGACAAUGGGGGGAACGAUUUAGGAGCAAGCUCAAGUUCAGUGCAUACCAUCGAGUGUGAAAUAAGGUGCGACAUGGAUACGUGGGCCUCUGCGCUAGACAUCGUGGUGGACCCGCCACCGCAGAACGUUAUUGCGUUGCGCCGACACCGGCUAUCGGAGGGUGGAGGUGGGUUAUGGUUGACGCUGAGCCAUGACGCAUUGUUUGCGGCAGACGAGCGCUUGCUUGCGAUUGUGCGCCGAGGACCGAUGGCAUCUGCCCGUGACAAAGGUGUGGUAAUGGUGAAUGGGGCACGAGUUUCUGUGGACGUGGAGGAGCUCGCAGAGACUGAGAUCAGGGCGCUCAGCAAACGGAAACGUGUCAAGCCGCUGCGCAUACCUCUCGACCAGCCCCCAGUCGUCAGUGUUAUCCGAAGGCUUCGCGCAGAAUGGGACGCAGACGAGCCGGCGUCGCCGACGGACGGUGGUCCGACGACGAAGCCGCCAACCCCUGAUCCCGCAGAACAACCCCAGCCGAAGUCAAGCAGCACGACAACGUCGUCAGGAUGGCUGUCCGCUCCGAGGUUCUCCAGUCCACUUGCAAGUUUCUGGUCGUCUGCGGUUGACCAAGCAACGAGUACAACGCAAUCUGCGGUCGCCGCCGUCACGCCAUCUACCGCAGCCACUGCAAUUGCAUCCGUACCAUCGUCCUCGAUGGUACCAAUGCAGCAUGUAUUGGAAGCCUUGCAUUGGCUUCGCGAAUCGCAGGUUCAUCAGGAAGAUGGAUGGACGCUCGUAACUGACAAAGGUCUCGCUGUGCAGCGCAAGGUAAUUCCAGAAAUUUCACCGGCUAUACCCGUGCACAAGGGUGAGAAAGUCAUCGAGGGUGUUUCUGCCGAAGAGGUUUCUUCAAUAGUGACAAGCUAUGACUGCCGAAAGCAGUGGGACGAUCGUUUCGGAUCCGCUAUCGUCUUCGAGAGCUUCGGUGCAGGAUGCCAUACUGCGUUCGUAGUGUCGAAAUGUGGAUUCCCCUUCCGGGACAGGGGUUUCUACCUAUCUUCGUUGAUGGCGCGUGCGAAGCUUCCCCAAAGGAACUUCGAUGCUACACCAGGAGAGGCGGGAUUAUCGCAGGAUCAUAGGAAUGUCAUCUUCUGUGUGUCGGCAUCCUUCCAUCCGGAAUCUGUCUCAUCUUUUUCAUCCGAGAAAUACAACUCGUAUGGCUAUCCAAUUGGACGCGUAUUUAUCGAUGGAUGGAUACUGGAGACAUUAGACCCGUAUACGAAGGAGAACUAUGCUAUUCCGUCAACGCGUUGUACUCGGAUCGUGGCGGUCGACUAUGCGGGCUCGGUUCCCGUUGCCAUGAACUCGAUGAUAAAUGCGGCCCUGCCGAGGUCUAUACUCGCCGUGGAGACCUACAUCAAGGGAUCGUCGCCCUUGCCAUUGACUAGACUACCUGCAACUGGGCUCGUUCUGACUGAGUCUAAAAGUGCGGAAGUAGCUCCUCCUGGUGUUGUUGCUGUCACGGGAGGUGGGUCGCCCUCGUGGAAGUUGAAGCGACGGGACGAGAAUCGGAUACUUGUUGGGUCGACUUAUGACCCUACCACCCGCACAUAUAACAGUUCAAUCUUCUUAACGAUGUCGAGCCAGCCCCGGCCCGAGGAAGCAACAUCGAGGGUAUCGCGAGUUUUGACUGGGGCGACAGGAACGACACCCGACGCUCGUCAGGGUGGCCGUACCGAGUACGCUGCGUCGCCAAAUCCAUCAUCAGAUCGGGGAGAACCAUCCUCUUCGCCGGUGCGAUCACGAUCAACGGAACGAGCAGCCAGAUCUUCGGCGUUCACAAUCAAAGGCGAGCUCAAGCAAUCGACUGACCUCGUCGUGGCUGAAGUACUCGUGGACUCGAAGCUUUACCCCGAGGGCUAUAGUGUUCAGAUCACCUCUGGUCUCCGAGACGGAUCCAAGUUCGUGUCCCUUACGGCACGUUCCGCUUCGUCGGAUGGAAGCACCUUCCGAACUGCACAAAUGCUGCUACCUGUCGCGUCGAGCCUGUAUACGGUGCCCGCGUCACCACUACAUUCUUCGGGAUUGAAUGCCGACCGACCUCCACGGCAUCUAUUGCGGCUGACUCUUCCGACUGCGCAAUUCCAAAUUUCUACAGUGCAGGAUCCGUUGACAGGGGAGACCCGGAGUGCCCCUCCGAAACCGCAGUGGCUACUGGACCUGCAAAGCAAAGGUUUUACCGUGCAAAUCGAGAUAGGCCCCGGCAAUGGUGCGAGGAAGAAUGGAGGCGGCGCCACGGUGAACGUGAACGGAACGGCUACUGCUGUGGUAAGCGAGAAGGAAUCGUUGACGGCGCUUGGACGCGAUGAAUUGCAGGACGAUAGGGUAUCGCGGAUGCCCGUGGUACAACGGUGCGGUGAGGAUGGUGACGUUUUUCCUGAAGAGUUGCAGGUGCCGCUUGCACGUGCGGAGGAGCUGCUUGAUAGGGCGGCAGGUGUCCACGCCACCGACAUCAUAGAAGAUCCGAAGACGCCUGAAGGGGACGGAUUGAGCGAGGAAGAUACUGAUAAAAGUCAAGGUCCGGAAUCGCCCGAAAAUGGAGUGGAUGCGCAGGGCCAGGUCCCUUCUGGGUCCGAGGGGCUUCUCGGGUUCUUGAAUGCUUAUCCAAACACGCUGACACGCUGGGCGACGUCAGCCGUGAGAGGAACCACGACGGGCAGUGCUAUGCAAGUGGACGGGGAGGAGGUACUGGUAGUGAACGUGCCACCACCGGGAUCGACGAGGACCAUGUUAACGGCGAGGACGUAUCCGCUGUCGACGGUUCUCAUCAUUGCGAUGAUUGGGUUCUUAAUUGGAUCGCUGCUGCGGUCUCUUCUCUCGCCAGCUGAUUUCAUUUACGUUGUGACGGACGUGCGUGAUGCCGAGGAGGUGAGCAAGGGGUGGCGAGAGAUAAGACGGUUGAUGGAAAUCAAGUACAUUGUUGGAGGUUGGGACUUUCAGAUAGCAGUUGUUCGACGACAUUGAAUGCAGCAUACACACACACAUACAUACGCGAACAAUAUAUAAUGAUGUACAAUAGCGACGUACUAUACGACCACCGGGGGGAGGCGU